UUUUCCAUUCUGGUAAAACAACUAAAUACAAAGGCACAUACCCAAAAACCAAGUCAUUGCCUCGCCAAUCCCAUCCACCUUUUGGAGCAAGUUUGGAUCUUUGUGACCUCAUUUCCCAGACCUCUUCUCCCAGUAGCACAGUAGCUGUUAGAUUUUGACAAGGACCCACCAACCUAUAUCAUCAAUACAGCUAAAUUUUUCAUUUCAUUCCAAUUUUCCAUAGUGUCACUGGCCACCACAGCCUUCCCCUCUCUAUCCUCCUCCUCCAUCUUCUUUCUUUCUCUAAUAUUAAUAAUGCAUGGCAAUAAAGCUUUGUUGCUUGCACUUGCGUGUCAUAUGGAAUACUUCUCAUAAGAAGACACUUGAAGACCCAACUGCAUCUAGCUAGUACUCUCUCUUUCUCUUUCUCCACUGCUUCCUCAUCCCCUUAUCUCUCUCUCUAGCCAAAGACCCCAGAUUAUAAUAAGUGAUUGAGAGAUAGAAUCAGAAGCUGAGGUGUGGUCCUUGAUUGAGUUAUGGACACCCAUCAUCUGCUAGAAAACACCAGAGAAAAAGCUGCAGGCAACAACAUGGUUCAAGAAAAGCCACAGUCACCGGUUACAGCCUCACCACCCUCAGCUUCUUCUUCUCCUUCUCAUGAAUUCUCCUUCACAAUCUCUCUUCAUCACUCUUCUUCUGCAUCGAUCCCUGAUCAUAGUAAUAAGAACAACAACAAAGCCAAGACCACGCCCUCUUUCGCUAUUGACUUGUCUCCUGCAGAUGACAUUUUCUUCCAUGGCCAUUUGCUUCCUUUGCAGUUCCUCUCUCACCUUCCUGUCUCUCCUCGCUCCUCUACUAACUCCUUAGACAGCUUCACUCUCCCCAUUAGAGACUUAGUGGACGAUCAAGAACCAACCAAGGAAAGAAACAACUGUAGCACCAGCAUUGAUAGCAACAACAUCAUCAUCAACAAGAAGAAGAGCAACAGCAGCAGCAAUAUCCAAGACAGCAAGCAGCACAGCCAAAAUGGCGAGACGAGGGGGAGAACCAAGUCCAAGUCCUUUUCGAUUUUCGGGUUACAAAAAAAGCGAAAAGACUCUGAACAGAGGGAGGACAAGGAAGGGAAGCAGAAGAAAAAUAAGAUGAGGUUUGAUGUGAGUAAUAUACUAAAGAGGUAUGUGAGGAUGGUGAGGCCCCUAAUGUUUUUUAGAGGAAGAAAAGAGAAUGUCCAUUUCAGUAGGCAGCCUCAUUCGUUUUCGGGCAAUUUGAACCCCAGAAAUAGGCAUCACUUGAUGAGAGGAAUGAGAGGAGAGUUCUCAGCACCAGCAUCAAUGAGGACAUCUCCAACAAAUAGUGGUCUUCUUCUAGCAACUUCAGGAGCAUCUACUCCUCCUACUAAUACCAGUGAAAGCACCAUGGAAGAGUUGCAAGCAGCAAUUCAAGCUGCAAUUGCUCAUUGCAAGAAUUCCUUUGCCACCGAAGAGAAGAUCAAAUGCUUAGAGUAGUAGAAACGGGAAAGACUGAAACAACCUGUGGUAUAUUAUUAUGUUGUAAUUUUUUACAAAUUGGAUUUCAUAUAUAUAUAAUUGUAUAUAUGAAGAUGUCUCAAUGAGUUCGAUCCCAUGAACUUAUCAAUAGAUUACAGCAUUCAAAAUGA